CUUCAAUGUGAUACUCAAUGUUUACGUCGCGUUUUUUCUGUUUUUUAGUGGGAUUUAGUUUUUAGUGAAAAAAGAAAAAAUUAUUUAAAACGUUUGUCCUUUGUAUAGUUUAAAGUUUAAUAGUUAAUUCUCACAAAAAAAUGGAUAAUCUAAUAGAUAUGGAUUUAUAUAAAAUAAUUGGUGUUGAACCAACAGCGACAGAAAAGGAGAUUCAAAAAGCGUUUCGUAAAAAAUCGCUUAUUUGCCAUCCGGAUAAAAAUCCAAAUAAUCCGAAUGCUGCGGCAUUAUUUAUCGAAUUAAAAGCUGCAUUAUUAUUUUUAACCGACCCCGCAUCGAGGGCAAGGUACGAUAAAAUAGUUAAUGCAAAACUUCAAGCAAAACUUCGAGCUAAACAGGGCGAUGCAAAACGACAGAAACUUAUCAAUGAUUUGGAAUAUCGUGAGGCAGCGGCACGAAGAGGAUCACCAGUAAAUGAAGAGCAAAGGUUUAAGGCGUCAGUUGAACGAGUGGAACAAGAAAAUUUGGAGCAAAUGCAAGAGGAAUUGAAAAAAAUGAGACAACAAGUUAUUGACGAAUUAAGUAAAAGUGCAAAAUACAAUGAGAAUAAUUGUAGAAUAAAAAUAAGAUGGAAGGAAGGAAAUUAUGACUAUUCGACACUUUAUGAAAUAUUGUCAAAGUACGGAGAAAUAUCAGCACUUGUUCUAUCAGGGAAGAAGGGAAGAGCGAUGGUACAAUAUCUUGACUCGGAAAGUGCAAAAUUGGCAACAGAAGCUGAAACCGGCCUCGCGGGAAGUCCGUUAAUUUUAAAAGGCCUCUGGGAUUCAAGUGAUUCAACGCAAUCGAGUAGUGGAUCUCAAGAAACAAAUAAAAUUCCUUCAAAAUCAUCAUCAACAUCAUCAUCAUUUACAAAUGGCGAAGAAAAAACAACAAAAAUUGACUUCGAAGAAAUGGUUCUCGCUAAUUUACGAAAAGCCGAGGAACGCAAACGACAAACGAAUUUAUCGCCUAAAAAUGAAUUCGAUACCAAGCAGGAAACGAAAAUUGACUGACCAGUAAUUAUUUCCAUUAUUAUUAAGUUUUUCUUGUAAAUAAUUAUUGUAUAAAAUAUUAAAAGUAAAUAUAUAUGUAAGUAAAUAAUUUAAA